AUGUUGUACUCUUCUCUGUUCCUCAUGGCUUUACAGUCUGGCCUUACCAUCAAAGGAGCCAAGGCCACUCCCGCCCCUGCCCACGAGAAGCGAGCCCUCGACACCGCUGCAAUUGCAAAGAAGUACUUCGGCAACGAUGCGCCUUGGUACCAGGACCGCAUUGCAUACUUUGAAUGCAGCGAUUCUCAAAUCACGGACGUCUUCUACUACCGCUGGAAAAUCUUCAGGGCCCACCAACGCGAUCUCGGCGCCAAAGGCUACAUCUCGACUGAAUUCUUGGAUGAUGUCAGUUGGCAGCUUCAACCUUAUGCUUCAUUGAAUGAUGCUACUGGAUUCCAUGUUGCUGAGGGUAGAUGGAAUAGAGAUCGGAGGUUCAAGGAUGACUACCUGAGCUAUAUGUUGGCUGGUGGCGAUGACCGUCAUUUCACAGACUAUAUCCAGGAUUCUGUCUGGGGAAGUUACCUUGUCGAUAAUGACGUUCCGAGCGCGACGAAAUACUUGGAUCAGAUGAAGUCUUUGUACAAUUCUUGGAGCGAUCAUUUCGAUUCUUCGAAGGGACUGUACUGGAACAGANUCGAGCCUCUGCUCGAUGCAACCGAAUACACCAUCUCUUCCAUUGACGCUUCUGGCGGCAAGGAUGGUUUCACCGGCGGAGACGCUUUCCGCCCAUCCAUCAACAGCUACAUGUACGCCAACGCUGUAGCCCUCGCCAAACUGGCUGGUCUCGCCGGUCAGUCCAGUGUGACUGCUGAUUACAACUCUCGCGCUGCGGCCAUCAAGAGCAACGUUCAGAAGAGCCUUUGGAACUCAACCUUGACCCACUUCAUCGACAGAUACAAGGUCAGCAACGACUAUGUCAAGUACUGGGACCCAAUUCGUGGGCGUGAACUUGUUGGCGUUUUGCCUUGGACUUUCAAUCUUCCGGAUAACUCUUCAGAAUACGCAUCUUCAUGGAAACACCUUCUGAAUUCCAAUGAACUGGGCGGAGCCAAGGGUUUACGUACUGUAGAGCCUAGCUACCAGUAUUAUAUGAAGCAAUAUCGCUACGACGAAGCGACAGGCCGGCGCGAAUGCCAGUGGAACGGACCCGCAUGGCCCUUCCAGACUACGCAAGCGCUGUUGGGCAUGUCGAACUUGCUUGACCACUACCAGCAGAAUGCUGUCACCAACUCUGAUUACAUCAGACUACUUAGGCAGUACACACAAUUGCACUACAACGGCGCAACUCUCAACCUCCAGGAAGAUUACGACCCCGACCAAGGCGGCGCAAUCGUUGGCCUACCCAGAUCGCCCCAUUACUUCCACUCUGGCUACAUCGACCUGAUCAUGACAGGUCUUGUUGGAAUUCGACCUAGAGCCGAUGACUUCCUGGAGAUCAACCCUUUGAUCACAAGCGACAUCAAGUACUUCCGUGCAGAAGAAGUCCCCUACCACGGCACCAACAUCGUUGUCCAAUGGGACGCAGACGGCAGCCGCUACGGCCAAGGCGCUGGUCUACGUGUCGAAAGAGAUGGUGCAGUCAUCGGCACCUCAUCCACCCUUAAGCGUCUGGUUAUCCCCUUCAGAAAGAAAGCCAUCAUCGGCAUCAACCGCCCCAUCGCAAAGAGCAUACAACUUCAAAGCAACACCGACUAUCCCAAGGGUACCGCAUCUUCUGGCACAGAUGUUGAGAACGUACACGAUGCCAUCGACGGCCGUGUUUGGUUCUUCCCUGAGCUUGCAAAUGGCUGGAACUCGGAUGCAAAUUCUGCAACCAACCAAUGGUAUACCGUGACGUUUGAGUCUGCGACCCAGAUCUCGAGGGCUGAACUUGCCUUCUUUGACAACGGCAAUGACUUCAAGGCCCCGACUGCGUACUCGAUACAAGUGUUGAGUAAUGGCAAUUGGGUUGAUAUUAGUGGGCAGCAGAAGAGUGCUGUGGUGGCGAACGGUAUUACCAAUGUGCAAUUCUCGUCUAUCAGUGUCACGCAGGUCAGACUGAGCAUGACACAAGCCUCUGGGGCCAGAACGAGAUUGGUGGAGGUGAAGUACUUCUAG